AUGAACGCAGGUGUCUGUGAGGUUGUGGAAGGCUUGGCGACCUGCGUGUGUCCGGUAGGCUUUGUGGGCCCGUUGUGCGAAGUCGCUACACCAUCAACAACACCCUCAGCCUCACUGUCCGCGGCUGCAUCGGUCUCUCCGACUGCCUCGGUCAUACCGUCUCCCGCGGCCAAUCCGUGUCUGGCCCAACCAUCCCCCUGCGCCAAUGGGGGUGUGUGCACACAGGUCGAUGUGACGACCUUACCGGGUGUGGGUGCGGCUCAGACCGGGUUCACCUGCGAGUGUGCCACCGGGUUUGAAGGCCCUACAUGCGAGGGUGUGGUGGAUCCCUGUCUAGUCCAGCCGUGUCUCAAUGGCGGCGUGUGUACGGCCAUCGGUAAUAACAGCACUUUUAGCUGCAUCUGCGUGCUCGGGUUCACGGGUCCUACCUGUGCGGUGAGUCCAUCUCCCACCACCUCAGCCUCUCCGUCAAACACCCCAAUUCCCACCCCCUCCCUGGUCAACGGGUGCUCGAGUAGUCCGUGUGUCAGUGGUAAUUGUACGGCAACUGGAGGUCUGGACUUCACGUGCCAGUGCGCGUUGGGGUUCGCCGGUGUUGUAUGUGACACACCCGUCAUAUUGUGCGAUCCCAAUCCGUGUCAGAACAGUGGCACGUGCGCACAAGCCACACCCGAGACCAAUGCCACAUGCACAUGUCCCGAGGGGUUCACGGGACCGACCUGCGGAGUGGAGAAUGGGUGCACAGGUCAACCGUGUGGGGCGAAUGGGAACUGCACAGCAACGGAUGGUCUGAGCUUCGAAUGUGCGUGCGAUAUAGGAUUCACCGGCGCUCGAUGCGACGAGACGGUCCAGUCGUGCGAUCCCAACCCGUGCCAGAAUACCGGCACCUGUAGUCAGGCAACCCCCGAGUCCAACUAUACGUGUGCAUGCCCUGCUGGCUUCACAGGGACCGUAUGUGAAAUAGCCCCCACACCCACACCCACACCCACACCCUCACCCACACUCUCAUCCACACCCACGCCUUCGGUCUCGGCACUCAACGGGUGUACCAUCAAUCCGUGUGCCAAUGGAAACUGUACGGCCGCCACGGGGCUGAACUUCACCUGUGCGUGCGACGCCGGGUUCUCAGGCGCGCGCUGUGAUGUGCUGUCGUGCGGUCUAACCACCUGUCAGAACAACGGCACCUGCACGCAGACCACACCCGAGACUAACUACACAUGCUCGUGUGUAGAAGGGUUCACCGGACCCGACUGUGAGGUCGUCAAUGGAUGUGCCGGGCAGCCGUGUGGGGCCCAUGGGAACUGCACGGCCCUCGCGGGUCUGAACUUCACCUGUGCGUGUGAUCUCGGGUUCACCGGCGACGUGUGCGACGAGCAGGUGCUCUCGUGCGACCCCAACCCGUGCCAGAACAACGGCACGUGUGCACAACUCACACCCACCUCCAACUUCACGUGCACAUGCCCCGCGGGGUUCAACGGCACAGUCUGCCAGGUGCUCCCGUCGCCCAGUCCGUCUGCUAGUCCAUCGGCUACACCGACACCUUCAGCGACACCCACGCCAUCAGUAGCACCCACCCCUUCAGUCACACCCUCGGCCACCGUUUCUCCGACGCCGACCAGCUCACCGUCGCCUUCGGCUUCGCAGAGUACGGGAGCCAGCCCUUCACCCACGCCAUCCUUCCGGGACGGAUGCACCGAUCGUCCGUGUCAGAACAACGGCACCUGUGCGGUCAUAUCCGGGGGCACGGGCUUCGAGUUUAUCUGCAGGUGUGAAGGGGACUUUACAGGCGAUACAUGUGAGACACCCAUCAUCGACUGCGACCCCGAUCCCUGUCUCAAUGGCGGCGUUUGUAUAGACCCCGUGGGCACCGCAAACUCCACCUGCGACUGUACCGGUACAAACUUCACCGGGAUUACAUGCACCACGCCUAUAGCCCCGACCCCUCCCGAUGCGUGCGAUAGUAGUCCUUGCGCGAAUGGGGGAAUCUGCACCAGCCAAAUAGGUACCACGGGGUUUCAGUGUGAGUGUCAAGAACCCAUGGCGGGCAGUGUGUGCGAUAUCAGGUACGUUUUGACGGUCGUCGCCGAUAUCAGCACCUUCAACAAGACGGCAUUUGCGAUUGGGCUGGCCCAGGCUACGGGACAGGCAACCGACUCCGUGAUGGUGUACAACGUUUCUGCGGGUUCUGUUCUGGCUCAGAUGGACAUGUCCGACGAAGGCAUUGAGACAACCACAGAACUGAUUCAAAGCGGUGACACGGGGAUCACCAACUUAGGCAUUUCUAGUGCGUCGAAGAACGACGUCAUUGUCGCUACAAAUCCCUCUAUCAGCUCAGACGAUUCGUCGGGCCUCGGCAUCGGGGCGAUUAUCGGCAUAGCCGUCGGCGCAGUGGUCGUUCUUUUGUUAAUUGCAGUCGGCGUAUGGUGGUGUCUGCGACGGAGGAGAUCGCAGAAGGUAGCCCCCCCGGAAACGGACCCCGUUCCUCGC